UUGACUCUUCGUCGUGUCUGAGAAAGCCCACCCACUACCUUGGAUUACCAACAACUCCGACCGUGAGAGACAGCGACUUUCAGAAGCAAAGAUGUCGGCGACGCUCACAGGAUCGGGAACUGCUUUAGGGUUUUCGUGCUCCUCGAAGAUCUCGAAGAGAGCUUCUUCUUCUUCUUCUAACCGAUGCUGCAUCAAGAUGUCUGUUUCAGUCGACGAGAAGAAGAAAAGUUUCACCCUUCAGAAAUCAGAGGAAGCUUUUAAUGCUGCUAAGAAUCUAAUGCCUGGAGGUGUGAAUUCCCCUGUUCGAGCCUUCAAAUCCGUUGGUGGGCAACCAGUUCUGAUUGAUUCCGUUAAAGGCUCUAAAAUGUGGGACAUUGAUGGAAAUGAGUACAUUGACUACGUUGGAUCUUGGGGACCAGCUAUUAUCGGUCAUGCUGAUGAUGAGGUUCUCGCGGCUCUAGCUGAGACGAUGAAGAAAGGAACAAGCUUUGGUGCUCCUUGUCUCUUAGAGAAUGUUCUGGCUGAGAUGGUCAUAUCAGCUGUUCCUAGCAUUGAAAUGGUUCGGUUUGUCAACUCUGGUACUGAAGCUUGUAUGGGUGUGCUCCGUCUCGCCAGAGCCUUCACUAACAAAGAGAAGUUCAUCAAGUUCGAAGGAUGUUACCACGGUCACGCAAACGCCUUCCUUGUUAAAGCUGGUAGUGGUGUAGCUACUUUAGGGCUACCGGACUCACCAGGUGUCCCCAAAGCAGCUACCUCAGAUACUUUAACAGCUCCGUACAACGAUAUUGAAGCUGUUGAGAAGCUCUUUGCGGCGCAUAAAGGCGAGAUUUCUGCGGUUAUUCUCGAACCUGUUGUUGGUAACUCUGGAUUCAUUCCUCCUACACCGGAAUUCAUCAACGGUUUACGCCAGCUGACAAAAGACAACGGUGUUCUUCUCAUCUUCGAUGAAGUCAUGACAGGCUUUCGUUUAGCCUAUGGUGGAGCCCAAGAAUACUUCGGAAUCACGCCCGAUCUAACAACUCUUGGAAAAAUCAUUGGUGGGGGUCUUCCUGUGGGAGCAUACGGUGGGAGACGUGAUAUUAUGGAGAUGGUUGCGCCUGCAGGACCAAUGUACCAAGCCGGGACUCUAAGUGGUAAUCCACUGGCAAUGACCGCAGGGAUUCACACGCUGAAGAGGCUAAAGCAGCCCGGAACAUACGAGUAUUUGGACAAGAUCACAAAGGAGCUAACUAACGGAAUCUUGGCAGCCGGAAAGAAAACCGGGCAUCCAAUGUGCGGCGGUUACAUAAGCGGUAUGUUUGGUUUCUUUUUCGCAGAAGGACCGGUCUACAACUUUGCAGAUGCAAAGAAGAGCGACACAGAGAAGUUUGGUAGGUUCUUCAGGGGAAUGUUGGAAGAAGGCGUUUACUUUGCACCAUCUCAGUUCGAGGCCGGGUUUACGAGCUUGGCUCACAGUCCCAAGGAUAUAGAGUUCACGAUUGCUGCGGCCGAGAGGGUCCUCAGUAGGAUCUAGAAUGUUAUAGAAUCUUCUAUAACCCAACCCUGAGUUUAGUUUCACAAUCUUCUGUUUUGGGGACAUUAUUUACGGGUUGAUGAAAUAAGAAUUAUUGUGUAGUGAGUUGAAUUUUGUUUUUGUUUUCUUAUGUUUCAUCGGUAGAGCUUGGGAUUUUGGUAUUAUGAAAUCAUAUAUUCCUGUUAGUGUAAUUGUUUCUGUUGUAUCCUUAAGAUUUAUUAUUACUUCUUAAAAACAAUAAAUCCAUUAAACUAUAUAAUUGUGCUA